ACUUCGAUAGGAACGGGCUACGAUCUUUCCAACUCAGUCUUCUCUCCUGAUGGACGUAACUUCCAGGUCGAAUAUGCCAUGAAGGCAGUCGAGAAUGGCGGCACUUGCGUCGGUAUCAGAUGUCGCGACGGUGUUGUUCUGGCCCUGGAGAAGCUUGUCACUUCCAAGCUGUUGAAGAAGGAUGCAAACAAGAGGAUAGCCACGGUCGAUCGCAACAUUGGUGUCGCAUCAUCAUGGCGUUCUCUCUACAAGCAACCUAUCCCCGUCGCCUCCCUUGCCGAUCGCAUGGGCUCAUACGUCCAAGCCUACACCCUCUACUCAUCAGUCCGCCCCUUCGGUAUCACUGCCAUUAUCGGUGGUUGGGAUUCCGAGCUCGAAGUGCCCGUCGAUGCACAAGUUGGUUCCGGCCCAUCAACUGGAAGUGGUGGCAAGAUGGCCGACGCAAAGGAGGGCGGCCCAUACCUCUACAUGAUUGAACCAUCUGGAUCGUACUGGGGAUACUAUGGUGCAGCUACCGGCAAGGGAAGACAAGCAGCCAAGGCGGAACUUGAGAAGCUGAAGCUCACCCCCGACCAGGGUGGUAUCAGCCUGGAGGAGGGUGUCAAGGAGGCGGCAAGAAUCAUCUAUGUGGCACACGAGGACAGCAAGGACAAGGAGUUUGAGCUCGAGAUGACGUGGAUCAGCAAGGUUGACGGACCGACCAAGGGCAGACAUCAGGAGGUACCAAAGGAGAUGCUCGAGGAAGCAGAACGCCUGGCCAAGAAGGCACUCGAGGGCGAUGAUGACGAGAUGGAGGAAUAA